AUGACCACACUUUCAAUAUCAAGACGCUCUUCAAGUCUUAACGCUUUUUUCACUAAAAUGUCACCAUCAGUUACCAUUCUACCACCCAAUACAUACUCUUACUAUUCUACUAAAUCAUUUUCUAAUCCAAAACCAAGAAAGCAUAACUUGAAUUUCAAGCCUGCCGGUCAAUUAACUAUCGGUGACUUGAAUGAAAACGUUCUAAAAGCAAAAUAUGCCGUUAGAGGUAAGAUACCCACGAGAGCAGAAGAAUUGAAAAGACAACUAGCAGAAAAGCCAAAUAGUCUACCUUUUGAUAAAAUUAUUAACGCGAAUAUUGGUAAUCCUCAACAGUUACAACAGCAGCCUUUAAGUUUCUAUAGACAAGUGCUUUCACUUUUGCAAUACCCGACUUUACUUCAUGCCAUUGAAACCAAGCCGGGAUCAUCUGCUGUGUAUAAGAAAGACGCUAUCCUAAGAGCCAAAAAAAUUCUAAAGGAUAUUGGUGGAUCAGUGGGUGCAUAUUCCGAAUCUCAAGGUGUAUAUGGGAUAAGGAGAACCGUUGCAAACUUUAUUACAGAAAGAGAUGGCGGUGAGCCAGCUUAUCCAGAGGAUAUCUUUUUAACCGCAGGUGCAUCUGCUGCAGUAAACUACUUACUCUCCAUCCUCUGUAAAGGUGAAAAAACUGGUGUCUUGAUUCCUAUCCCACAGUAUCCUCUAUAUACUGCAACUUUGGCCUUAAAUAAUUCGCAUGCUUUACCAUAUUUCCUAGAUGAAAUGAAUGGGUGGUCAAUAAAUCCCAUAGAAAUUGAGAAUGUCAUUAAGAAAGCCGUCCAAGAUAAUAUUAAGCCUGACGUUCUUGUUGUAAUUAAUCCCGGGAACCCCACAGGUGCUGUCUUAUCUAAAGAAGCCAUUGUAAGUAUCUUGGAAAUUGCGGCCAAGUACGGUAUCGUAGUCAUUGCCGAUGAAGUGUACCAAGAAAAUAUAUUUGAUGGAAUGAAGUUCCAUUCAGUAAAAGGAGUUUUAAGACGUUUACAACGUGAAAUCCCGGGUAAAUUUGAUAAUGUACAAUUAGCAUCAUUACAUUCUACUUCUAAAGGUGUAUCCGGUGAAUGUGGCCAAAGAGGUGGUUACAUGGAGAUAAUCGGUUUUACACACGAGGUUAGACAAGUAAUUUUGAAAUUAGCCUCUAUCUCACUUUGUCCUGUCGUUACUGGUCAAGCAUUAGUCGACUUAAUGGUUUCUCCUCCAAAGAGAGGUGAAGAAUCAUUUGCACUAGACCAAGCUCAAAGAAAAACGAUUCAUAGUCAAUUGUCACAGAGAGCCGAGUUACUUUGGAAAACAUUCAAUUCUUUAGAUGGUAUUGAAUGCCAAAAACCAAAUGGUGCUAUGUAUCUUUUCCCCAAAUUGAACUUACCUUACCGUGCAAUUCAAGAAGCGCAACGUCUAGAACUAUCUCCUGACGAAUUCUAUUGUAAGGAAUUACUAGAGCAUACAGGUAUUUGUACCGUACCGGGGUCUGGAUUUGGACAAGUCGCAGGUACGUACCAUUUGAGAACAACUUUCUUAGCACCAGGAAUUGAAUGGAUCGAUAGUUGGAAGCAAUUUCACAUAGAAUUCAUGGAAAAAUACAACUCUUAA